AUGACAGAGGAAUCAUUCUCAAAAUAUAGUAAUGAAGAGCUGGAAGCCAUGGGCAAGGAGGCCAGCGGCCCCAUCAACUUCACCAUCUUUCUCACCAUGUUCGGCGAGAAUCUGAAGGGUGCUGAUCCCGAGGACGUUAUCGUGAGCGCUUUCAAGGUCCUGGAACCAGAGGCUACCGGCUUCAUCAAGAAGGAAUUCCUUGAGGAGCUCCUGAUCACUCAGUGCGACAGAUUCACCACUGAGGAGAUGACCAACCUAUGGACUGCCUUCCCCCCAGAUGUGGACUACAAGAACAUCUGUUAUGUCAUCACACACGGAGAGGUUAAGGACGAAAUGUGA